CCAACGAUGUAAACAAAGGAACCACAAGAGUGACAUGACGUGACGUGUGUUAUUUCCUGUGUGAUUUACCGCAUUUUCGACCUUACGGCGCCGUGAAAUGACGUAGACGUGAUACAGCGAAGAAGAGUAAUCCUUUGUACACUAUUAUAUUAAUCUGAGCCAUGAAGCAGUUACGCCCACCACCACCACUAUCAUCAUCAGCAGCAGCAGCCAUAGCAGUAGCAGUAUUAGCAGGGGUGUUGGGGUCCGCCAGAGCUAUUGAGAUUAACUUGGCGGAGUCGGUGGAGCAGGAUCUCAACCUCGGUGGAGAAAAGACGGUGGACUAUCAACCACAGCAAGUCCACAUAGCUAUUGGGGAGACAAACCAGGACAUCGUAGUGACCUGGGUGACUCCGGACGCCACCAACUCAUCCGUGGUCAACUUUGGAACGGAUGGCUUGACCCAGCGGGCGGAGGGUUACGCCAGCGAGUUCAGGGAUGGCGGCUUGGAACAUCGGACUAUCUCGGUGCAUCGUGUGGCCUUGAGGAACCUGACGGCUGAUACGAGAUACUACUACCACUGUGGAAGCGAGUACGGAUGGUCUGAGCUCUUCACCUUCAAGACGUGGAAGAGUGGAACGCAAUGGCCCGUGUCCGUGGCAAUGUACGGCGACAUGGGUGCCACCAACGCCCAGUCCCUCGCUCGGCUACAGGCGGAAACGCAGGCCGGGAUGUACCAUGCGGUGAUUCACGUCGGGGAUUUUGCAUACGAUAUGGAUUCGGACAACGCUCGGGUCGGGGAUGAAUUUAUGCGCGAGAUUCAACCCAUCGCUGCCUAUGUGCCCUACAUGACCUGCCCGGGGAACCACGAACAGAUGUACAACUUCAGCAACUACCGGGCGCGCUUCACCAUGCCAAAACAUGUGGACACGGAGAGCCUCUUCUACUCUUGGGACAUGGGGCCGAUCCACUUCAUAGCUGUCAACACAGAGGCCUACUAUUUCCUGCAGUAUGGGGUCAAGCCGCUCUCAAGGCAGUAUGAGUGGCUGAUUGAGGAUCUGGAGCAAGCCACUCAGCCUGAGGUUCGCGCGGAGAGGCCGUGGAUCAUUCUGUUCGGCCACCGUCCCAUGUACUGCUCAAACAACGACCACGACGACUGCACCAAAGUGAACUGCCUGACGCGCUAUUCUACAAUCCUUCCCCACAGGUACGCCAUGGAGGAGCUGCUGGACAAGUAUGGGGUGGACCUGGCCAUCUGGGCGCACGAACACUGCUACGAACGACUCUGGCCCAUGUAUAACUUCACGGUGCUCAACGGAUGACUCGAGCCGCAUACAAAUGCCAAGGGCCCAGUGCACUUCACCACCGGGUCCGCUGGUUGCUCUGAACACCACGACAACUUCUUGCCCGAUCAACCGUACUGGUCCGCCGUACGCUCGGUUGAUUACGGCUACACUCGGUUGACGGCUUUCAAUGAGACCCACGUAUACUGGGAGCAGGUGUCGGAUGAUAAGGGCGGGGAAGUGAUUGACCAAGUCUGGCUGAUACGCGACCGACACGUGUCCUACAGGAAGAUACGGGGGGAGGAAUAAGUCUCUCUCUGUCUCUCUCUCUCGCUCUCUCUCUCUCUCUCUCUCUCAUGAUCUUUCUUCCCUUUCUUUCUCUCUCUCUAAUGAUCUUUCCUCCCUUUCUCUUUCUUUCUCUCUCUCUCUAAUGAUCUUUCCUCCCUUUCUCUCUCUCUCUCUCUCUCUCUCUCUCUCUCUCUCUCUCUCUCUCUCUCUCUCUAAUUAUCUUACCUCUUUCUUUCCUCUCCUUCCUCCUUCCUUUCUUUCUUUCUUUUUCUUUAAUUCUUUUUUUUCUGUCUUUUCUCUCUUCCUAUUCUUUCUUUUCUACUACUACUACUACUACUACUACUAUUACUACUACUACUACUACUACCACCAAGGUUUAAGUUCCCAUAUACAUAAUUUAGUUCUAUAUAAAUCUGUAAUUCAGUAAGAUAAAUAUACACACUUAUUCAAGGCAUUUAGAUAUAUAUGUUAUUAGAGGAAUUUAUAUAGUUAGGUUAGACAUUGUUAUAUACUUAUUUGUUACUUAAUAAUAAUAAUGGUAAUGAUAGUAUUGAUGGGAGAGAGAGGAGGAGGAGGAGGAGGAGGAGGAGGAGGAAACUUAGGAAUAUGAAGAAGAAUAAGGAGGAAGAGAAGAAGGAGGAGGAGGAGGAGGAAGAUGACCAUACAUUACUAGAAGAAGAAGAAGAAGAAAAAGAAGAAGAAGAACAAGAAGAACAAGAACAAGAACAAGAAGAACUAUCAUCAUUAUUACCACACUCAUUAUGUACACACACACACACACACACACACACACACACACACACACACACACACACACACACUCCCCCCUCCCUCUCCACCCCUGCAUCAGGAAAUAAAUAAUGUAAUAAAUAAAACCAGUGAGGAUUGAGGAAGGACUUUUAUUGGUGUUCAAGACGUAUAAAUGGUGUGUCAAAAUCCGACUCCUGUUC